AGGACGAAGAAGAAAUCACGUGUCGAUAUCACGGAAGAAAAACAAGACCGCAGCAGUUGUUGGUCCAUACGAGGGAAAAGUAAAAUAAAAACUACACUGCACGUACACAAACGUGGGUCGUGGGAAAUAAUAAUGGAAGCUAAGCUAAAGAAAGCGUUGGGCACCGCCAUGCUGAAGUCAACUGGUCACUCAGGUGGAGGAUGUAUCAGCGAGGGCCAGAGUUAUGAUACUGACACUGGGAGAGUGUUUGUGAAGAUAAAUCACAAGAGCGAGGCCAAAUUGAUGUUUGAUGGGGAGAUGGCCAGUUUGGAAGCCAUUUUAAAGACAGAAACUGUUAAAGUACCCAAGCCUGUGAAGGUGAUCGAACUUGAAACGGGAGGAUGUGUAUUUGCGAUGGAGCAUCUGGACAUGAGAGGUCUUACCAAGUACUCAAAGCUCCUCGGAGAGCAGCUGGCAGAUCUGCAUCUUCACAACAAAAGACAGUUGGAAAAAUUAAAUAAAGAGCAGCAGACAGUUGGAAGAGGAGCUGGACAAUCGGAGGUGGCGGUUAUUACAAAAUUUGGCUUCAGUGUACCUACAUGCUGUGGAUAUCUACCUCAGGAAAAUGAGUGGCAGGAUGACUGGGUGACGUUUUACUCCCAGCAGAGGCUGCAGCACCAGCUUAACAUGGUGGAGAAAUCUUAUGGAGACAAGGAGGCCAGAGAACUAUGGGCCAAGCUACAGUUGGAGAUCCCUCAGUUUUUCACAGAUGUAGAGAUGUACCCUGCUCUCCUCCAUGGAGACUUAUGGGGAGGCAACGUGGCGCAGUGUGCAGAGGGCCCAGUCCUCUUUGACCCAGCCGCCUUCUAUGGCCAUUCAGAGUAUGAGCUGGGUAUUGCAGGGAUGUUUGGUGGCUUCAACAGCUCUUUUUACUCUGCGUACCAUGAACAGAUUCCUCAAGCACCGGGCUUCGCAAAAAGAAACCAGCUUUACCAACUCUUCCACUAUCUGAAUCACUGGAACCACUUUGGUGGGGGCUACAGGGGCUCUUCAAUAAGUAUAAUGAAGAAACUACUGAAAUAAUGGCACUCACAUUCACUUGUAUCACGCUUCACAGUCUUAAACUCAAACCAAGUGUUAUCUAUGUAUUGCCAGAUGCUAGUUUGACCAAAAAUAGUGUGACUAAUUGUUGAAGAGACAUAACAUUCUGACAUUGUAAUGUCUGUCACAUUGUAAGACAGGACAGAAUCAACAUAGCAAAAUAGUUGUCUUGUCGGCUUCAUCUAUACCAUCCUGCUUCAUAUGAAAUAUAGCUUUAUGUUUGAACAAGUAUAUAUACUCUGUAGGUGUUUUUUUAAUUCUGAAUUUCCUUCCCUGACUUGUGUGUAGGUUGCUGACAACCAAAAAUAAACCUGAAUUUGCAAAACCGUUUAAAAGGGAAGGGGUUACCAAACACCAAGACCUCCACUCUGUCCUAACAUAAGACGUCUUGGUUUUUAUUUCAAUAUGUUCUACAUGUGGAAGAUCAAGCAACGCAUUACAGGUAUUUCUGACCUGUUUGAUCUGCAGCAGAGUAUGCUUUUGGUUCGCUUAUACUUUGUUUAGAUUACUACUUACCCCUCAUAUUGUUUAAUUCCUGCCAUUUAAAUGAACAACAACUUCUUCUUCCAGGCUGUAGCCUAAUACACAUUUCCUCCCGGCAAUCACUUAACAUACACAUAAGAACCUAGCUAUAUUAAUUGUUUUUUCUAAUUUCCUUGUAUAUGUGGUGUUAUAUUGAUAUGUAUACUUGUAUUGUGUAAGUAUUUGCACUUUGCAGGAUAUUAAACAUACUCAGACUUUA